UCUUCUUCUUCUUCUUCUUCUUCUUCCUUCGUCAAAAUCUCGCCACUGGCAAAAUCUUCGAUCCUCCACAAUGCCUCGCAUCAGCAAUAACCUCGUCGGAAUCCUCAAUUUCAUCACCUUCUUGCUCUCGAUCCCCAUCCUCUGGGCCGGCGUUUGGCUCAGCAAACAGGGAAGCACCGAGUGCGAGAAGUACUUGGAUAAGCCUGUGAUCAUCAUCGGCGUCUUUCUUAUGCUCAUUUCUCUCGCCGGUCUUCUCGGUGCCUGCUGUAGAAUCUCAUGGCUUCUCUGGGUUUACCUUCUCGUCAUGUUUGUUCUCAUUGUCAUCCUCUUUGCCUUCACCAUUUUCGCUUUUGUGGUCACUAACAAGGGUGCGGGCGAGGUUUUGUCCAAUAGGGGUUAUAAGGAGUACAGGCUUGGGGAUUACUCGGAUUGGCUGCAGAAGAGGGUUAGUAAUGCCAAAAAUUGGAACAAAAUUAAGAGCUGUUUGAUUGAUGGCAAGAUCUGUUCCAGCUUUGCGGAUAAGUAUGUUAAGGAUACUGUUGAGGAUUUCUACAAGGAGCACUUGUCUGCUCUUCAGUCUGGUUGCUGUAAGCCUUCAAAUGACUGCAAUUUUGAUUAUGUGAGCCCAACUUUCUGGAACAAGACUGCUACGAACUCGCCCAACCCCGACUGUAAUUUUUGGGAAAAUGACCCCAACAUUCUGUGCUUCAACUGCCAGGCCUGCAAGGCUGGCUUGCUGGAUAACAUCAAGAGUAACUGGAAGAAGGUCGCUGUCGUGAACAUCGUAUUCCUCGUGUUCCUCAUUAUCGUUUACUCAGUUGGCUGCUGUGCUUUUCGGAACAACAGAGAGGACAAUGCCUACCAUCGGCAAUGGAAGUGAUAUCAAGCCGAACCGAUAGUUCUGUAAGCAUUCUCAUUGUUUAGUUUGCCUAUAUUCCGAAUGCCCCUCUUUGUAAAUUGUUUUCCCCCUCCCGUUUCGGAGCAUCGUGAUUUUUUUUCGACUUUGAUCUGCUGUUCUCUUUGGAGAUAUUCAUUAUGAUUUGUAGUGCUGAUAUUGAUUAUGUUCUUCCACUUUGUGAAUGUUGCUUAGAUUUCUGGCUAUUGUAACAUCAAUUUUUGGUAUGACAUUUUGCAGUUAUUAAA